AGGCAGCACACACCUGUCUUUCAUUAGGAGUCUGCCACCUCCAGCCUAGCACUCAACGUUAAGAAACAAAAGUAUGCUUUUCAACGCUCGAGUUUCAAAGAAAAUGUAAGAAAGUUGAUGUUUUUAGUGUUUUCUAAUCGUUUAUCGAGCAAAUUGAUCAGAUAAUUCAGUUUUUCUCUUUUCAGGAGCUCUUUUAAGUUUUCAUUCGUGGUUUUUAUUCUGCUGCCUCUUCUCAUUUCGUUUGGUAAGUGGUUCAAACAUUCAGCACACCAGUUUAGUUUUACACCAGAACAUUUAACGUUGAUAUCCUCUUUUAUUUUACUCCAGGUUAUUGUGACGAUGUUACUUUCUCAAUAUGCUGGAUGGCCAAGGACAAAGUUAUGGAGAGGUAAGCACAGAAAUCUCAUCCGCAGCUGCAGCACAGAACUAACCAUGUUAAAGUUAGCAUUUAGUUUGUCGCAGGGGUGAGGUGAUCCAAAUCCUGAUCCAAAACCACAAAACUUAUCAGAUCUGGACUAGAAUAUUCCAGAGAGGCUACAGACUUUUAAAAAACACUGUUACAAACUUUUAAAACCUCUCAUUUGUUUUAGGAGACGUUUAAAAUGGUGUUUCACUGCUUCACUUCACCUCAAGAUCAUCCACAUCUGACCUGAAUCUAGUCUUGAUUCACUAUGUCUACACUUGUCGAGUCUAGACCAGAUUAUUUUUGAGAGUUUCCCCCUUUUUGAAAAACACAAUCCCAGUUUUGUUGAAUUUAGAUAUUCCCAAAGAAAAGAAAUCCCCUGUUUUUAUCUUCAAGUCACACUGGCCCUAUUUACAUGGGUCCAAAAAUCCUAUUUACAAUCAGAUUGAAAGGUCAAUCGGAUUCAAAAUGUCGCAUAUAAACACCUUAGCCAAUCUGAUUCCCCCGGAUCUGAUUGUAUUUCGGGUCGGAUUGUAAAAGGUAGUCUACACCGAUUGAUAAUCCGCUCCAUUUAUACGGUUGAGUGGAGCGGAUUGGGUUUACAGAGAGGCUUGUUCGGUCUGCGCAGGCGCUCGGUAGUACGUAAGAGGCACGUAGUGACGUACGCAGAGCGCGCCCAAACGAAAACAAACAUGGCGAACAAACAGAAAAACUGGACAGUGGAGUGUUAAAGUGCGCUGUUUCGUGCUACUUACGAAGAGUACACUUCUUGCUGUGUAACCCGGCUGGAUUAUACUUUUAUUAAACUUUAACACAUAGGGUUCCUUACUCUGCUCAGUCUGGUAACUCCGGCGGUGUCACACACAAACACGUCCGUGCGCAACUCUAAAACGGAACUAAAACAAUGGUUCCUAUUAACAAUUCCCAUUGAUACAAUACAAUACAACUGGAUUCAGCUGGGGCCAUGAAAACGCGGACUGAACGUGGAUGUCUUUACUUAAAGUUCAUGUAUACAGAUGGAAUCAGAUUCACUUAAUCCGAUUGAUUUCAAUCAGAUUGAGGAAAACUACCCAUGUAAACGGGGCCACUGAGACAAGGCCAGACCGACUCCGGCUUCACAAACUUGUAUGUAGACUCUCUGAGAGUCUAAUCCAGGUGUCACAUGUGUUUGUGAAGUGGAUCAGGACCUGCUUUUCUUGACUUGUCAUGUUAAAAUAAGCAGAAACAGCAGAUGGAAACUCACCAAAGGAAUGAGAGAUUUCCUCAGUCCAGUACAUUAGUUGAUAAAGAGAGCAGCAUUUAAAAGACAGACUUUCAAAUUACCGUUAAUUAAAGGGACCACAUGUUUUCUGUCCUUUAGGCAAAAUGCAAACAUAUGGCUGAAUGAUACAUCGGUAAAACACAUCAACAAGGCGGGGAAAUUAACCUCCCUGACGGUUUCUCCGGCUGUGGUAACUAAACUAACAUUUCAAUAUGGAGGCUCUGUUCAGGCAUGGACUUUCAGAAUCACCCCAAGUAAGCAUCUGUGACUCGACUCUGUAUAUUUAGUCUCAGUUUAUCUCACAAGGAACAAAAGUUUAAGUGCUGGGUAAUGUUUGAUUUAUAUUUAAGGUUCGAGGUACAUUCAAAUCAAGGGCAGGCAGGCGCCAGAGGAGGAGCCAAGAGUUAACAUCAAGGUAAGUGUUAUUUCAGAUGAAGUCUAGUUUAUUUUUCAUCUUUAAUCCCUCCUCCUUGUCUUCCAUCCUUCUCCAGAGCUUCCUGGACCUGAUAAGUGCAAAUGAGGUGUUUGCAUGUGAAACUGGAACUGUAUUCUUCCACCAGGAUGAACACUUCUUCCUCGCCAUGGGUGAGAGUACUUUGUGGUUCUGCCCAACAACGGAGAAACGCCCUGCAAUGUAAAACACACAUGCAAAUGAGACAAGACACGUGCGCGAAAAAAUGCAGCAAAUUCAGAGAAAACAAUGAAAGAUCUGGAGAGACUCUUUAAAGCGCAAACCACAAAAGGAGUAUGCAGCCUGAUUCUGCUUGGUGUUGCUGUAUUUUCUGACUCUUUAGUCACUGAGAAGUGUUUGAUAUUUAGUGCUUAGUACAAUUUUUAUCGAUAAAGAUGUCAAAAAGUCCCCACACGACCCGUAGAUAUCAGCCGAUCCUUGUCCUGACCUCAGUCUAGCCAUACUUUUGGACUGCACUGUUGAUAUAAAAUUAAAUCUGAGCACUGAUUGUCUACGUCUUGCACUUAAUCACACUUUUACUGUAUCAGUAGAACAUCAUUUUUUUCUCUUCCUUAGGUCACACGUGGCGUCACCCCAUCAAGCUGGAGUCCAGGACCCCCUCCUCCUUGUUGGUGUCCUGGGUGGAGAACAGCAGAGCCGACAGCGACAGCCACACUGUGACGCUGUACCACACCGACCAGGGUUAUUAUAAAGCUCUCAGCAUGAGCUCAACCACCAACAACAACUACAACUUCACCGCCCUGAACUCCUGCAGCCCGUAUGAAGCCUGUGUGGAGACCGCAGGCACUCGCUCCUUCACCUGUCUGUCUGCUAUCACAGGUACACAACGAAGAUUUGGGUUGUGGUAUUUAAGCUUUUUUGCAGAUAUUUUGAUGGUCGGAGAGAAAGGAUAGAAAUGUGAGCUUGCAUGGUGAGAGUAGCUGCAGCUAGGACCGGUCUUGGUCAGGAUUGGUGCGCUCAAAGUGUCCGUCACAGCAAAGUCUGAGUGAAGAAGCACGACGAAAGCUCAGCGGCUGCACUCGACCUCUGAGGUCUGAUGCUGCAGCUCCCCUCAGUUCAGGAGGUUUUUAUCUUUUCAUAACUUUUUUAAAUUUGAUUUUACGGUUUAUUUUGCCCAAAGAGGAGCUAAGAGACAAUUUCAUACUGUACUAAAAUUUCACAAAGAGGCCUCAGACGAAUAACUGCUGAUGUUGCUUGGCAUUGUGUGGCUAUGUCGUAAAAUAUCUUUUUCUUUUUUACUUAGAAGUGAUGUCCACUCCUAACUGAGGCUUUAAACUCCCUUUAAAUUACCCAACAGACCCAGACGUGCCCAGAGACUUUCAGGUUACAUCCUGGAACGGCCGCAGUAUAUCUCUGUCCUGGAAGUGUCCUGAGAACUGCAAGUACUCCCUCUACCUCCUCACCGCCUUCUCCCUCAAUGAUACAGACCACCUCACAGAGGAGGUGCGAUGGUGGCCAAAGAAAGAAAACUUUACGUUCACCAUGUCUGACCUGGAGCCCUGCAGGAGGGUGAGGUUUGGUCUGCAGACAGUUUGUCAGGCAGGGAUGGAGUCCCGCUACAGCAAGAUGGUCCUGAGAGAUGGAAACGCUGGUAAAGAUUUCAUGGCUGACUGAAUGCACAAGUCCGCUUCAUCCUUUGUAACUCACAGAAACCAUUAAAAACUGAUUAUAUUGACUUGCACAUGCCUCGGGGCCCUAUUUCUUCAGAAGAUGUUUUUUAUACUCGAUCUGUUUCAGAGUUUGAUUCAGUCCAACUCUUAGAAACCCAAGAUAACCCUCUCCUCUCUGCUCCUCAGUUUACUCCAGCAUCGAGGCCUUACGUCAGACAUCAUUCGGCCCUGAUAACUACACCCUGAGCUGGCACGUGAAGAACACCUCGUCCAUCUCCAAGUUCAGAGUCUACCACGAGGGGGCGCUGCAGGGCACCACCCUCCUCACCAACUACACCGUGGAAGGGCUGCUGCCAUGCCAAGAGUACCAAGCCAAGGUGGAGGCGCUGUGUGGCGAUGGUGUCGUGAUGAGUACCAAGACUGUGAAAACGCACACAGGUGAUGUAGAAAACAGAAGCUGACUCCUCCCACUUUUUUUUGUGUUUUUGUUUUUUUUUUUUGCACAUUUUAUUCGCAUUUUCACCAUGUAAACACACAAAUAUAAACACACAAAGCAGUACACCGCCAGAUCCACACACACCAAAACUUCCUUUAAAAAAAGGCGAAAUAGUUUUACAACAAAUCCAAGAAGAAAAGUGAAUAAUAAAAACUCAAAACAAAACAAUCAACCAAACAACAUAAACAACAAACAAACAAACAAAAGCUCAAGAGUUCAGAGACAACAUUUUAAACAAAAACAUCAAUAAAAACGUAAAUCUAAAAAUGUAGCCUCUGUUAUUCUUUUCUAAAGUCAGUCUGUCUGAAGGUAGAAACUCAGAAAUCUGCUCAUGAAACAUCUUUAAAGUCGAGGGGAAUUAAUUUCUCUUUAAAUCACUCAAAGAUAUAGAUGUCUUGUUUACAUGUACAUUUCUGUCUGCAUAUCCAGGACCCCACAGUGUCUCCGAUCUCAGGUAUCGCUCUAAUGACUCCACCGCCCUGUGGAUUUCCAGCACCGGGAACCAGCGAGCCGUGGCAUUCCUGUACGAACUGUCUCUGGAGAACGGCCCCACCAUCCAAAGCAGCCGUGUAACCGAUUCUGAGCUCCAUCUCCUGGGCCUGGAGGAAGGAAAAACCUACGUCCUGGAUGUGUGGGAGGAGUGUGAGGGACAGUGGGAGUCUGAGCACUCUCGUGUUUGUUUCGAAGGAGCUAAUUCAUCUUCAGUGGUUCUUGUGAGGGCCGCGGAGUCUGCUCUGGGUUCAGGUCAGUCUGAGGAACAAGUAGACUUCUGCUGCUGUGAGAAAGUCCUGUUUUGGGUUGUUGUAGCUUUCUAAGACUUGACAAGGUCAGAAAAUCACGUUCUCUCUGGUGAAGGCCUGACUCUGAUCAUAAUAUAGUUGAUUUUUCCCCUCAGACUUAACCCUUUGUAUAUCUUUUGUUGUGGAUUCUUAGACAUGCAGGUAGAUGUCAUAGGGAUGGGUCUGACCUUAGUGCUGCCCUGGUCUCUGCCGGAGGAACUGCAGGAUGAUCAGUCAGAACCAAGAGCAAAGAUGGGGGAAAUUUUCAAAGAGAAGGUUUGUAAGAAAUCCUAAGAAACACUCUGUAUCUGAGUUUAUACUGUGUUGAGUAAAAGUGACACCAGCACUGUUUAUACAGAGUGUUGUCGAAGAUUGAGGCUUUUAUGAGAGUUAUGGAUGAAAUUUCUAGCCCCCCUAUAAAAUUCUAAGUUUUUUUCCAAAAUUUCUAAUGAGCUGUUCAACAGAUUAAUAUUUUUUUUUUACACAGCUUUCCCAAACAUCCUAGUUUUAUUUUGGAUCCUGACAUUAUUUUACUUUGCACACAGAAACACAAUUAAUUCACAAAACCCAAAAACCACCAGGGUCAAAAAUUUUUAUAGGGGGGCUAAUAAUUUUGGCCACAACUGUCGUUUACAUUUCUUGACACUCUGAGUUAAAACUCCGACCUGUGUUUUUUGUUUAAUGUUUUAUGUCUUUGUUUACAUCUGUUUCUGAAAUUUUCUCUUGCUUAUAAUAUUUAUUGUCGUUGAUAUUAGGGCCCGACCGAUUUAUCGGCGAGCGGAUUAAAUCGGCCAAUUUUAGCCCGUUUGAGACUAAUCGGUAAUCGGCUAAAACUCGCAGAUUUUCGCCGAUAUUUUCAGAAAUAAAAUGCGGAGAGUAAGAUCCGGUUUCCCUUCGAAAAUGUUCCGCCAUUUUAAAAGUUCCCCGAUUUAUCCUGUAGACGGCGCAGCGAGUAAAUAAACCAGUUUGUGAAAUACACAAUAAGUCAACAAGUUUCAGUUCAACCCACUUCACCAUGUUCCCCGCUGUGCUGGUCUCGGUCACGCCAAGUUAACGGUGAAGCAUCAUGUAAUAUUCAAGCUAAAGUUAGCGUUAGCCACCUGCUAUUAGCCUUGCUACACUGUUAGCCGUGCCAGUAACGGUAGAAUAAACAACAGUACACAUUAGUGAUCGAGCGACUUCUCUGACUGCAUGUCUCCAGAUGAGACCGGACCGGAAAUGAGGAACGUGAGUUAAGACACGGAGGCACCGAUCGUGGGGGUGUUGGGUGGGGGGGUGUAGUUGAAAACGCUUUUUCUAAUCCGAGUUUGAUCAGUCGGUCUUCCUGUCGUCGUGGAGAGCAGUAGCCUACCGUAUAUCUACAGUGUAUAGUAUACUGUAGUAUAACGUAUACUGUAAAUAUCGACAUAACUUCAUAGAAAUUUUAAAAAAUCGUCUGAUUAAUCGGUAAUCGGAUUUUUCCCCCGUAAUAAUCGGUAUUGACAUCUCUGCCCCAAAAACUCCAUAUCGGUCGGGCCUAGUUGAUAUUUUAUUGUAUAAAGUCUUACUUUUCCACCUUACCAUUGUGUUCUUCCUCACAUGUGUGUGUUUGUGUAUAUAUAUGUCCUAUAUGUAUUUAAUUUAUUUCUUUGAAGCGUCAUAUCUUAGUGCUUUUUUUGUCCUUCAGUUGCAGACGAUUUUUAAAGACUCUGACCCCCCCGCCCGUAUCGAGCUCGCCACCUUUGACCCUGCAGACGAGCCGGACAAAACAGAAGUUCUGUUCAUGACUUUCAAUGCAUCUCAAAGCGAAGAAGACGUGCCUCUGUCUGUGGGAGACCAGCUGGAUUACAUCAAAUCUCUGAAUUUCACAAACAUCACUGUAACAGACGGCGUCCUUCAUUGGGAGGGUGGGUGGUAGUUUAGAAGACAGCUCAUAUUAAAACGUAUUUUCUCCCAAGAUUCACUUUGUUUGUUUGAUCUGUUUGCAGGUCCGGAUCUUUGUGCGUCCUCCAAGUGUCCUCGUCACUCUUUGUGCAUCAACACACUCGACUCCUACAUGUGCAUGUGCCAGCACGGCUACUACGACGUGAGCUCUGUGGUCAAACCUGCUGCAGUUUCACUUCCGCUCUGCAAUGGUAAGUUAACGACAGUACACAGAGAAGUUGGCCUUGAAGGAGCAGUGCGGAAAACUUGAUGAACAGACAUCCAGAGGAGCUGCAGACGUGUUAUCAGCCUGUAACAGAAACGGUCUCACCGCUUUGAUUCUGACCUUUUAAAACAGAGAAAGGCCUCUUCAGUCAGUGUCUGGAGAAACAGCUGACCGGUGGGAUAGCCAAACCCUACCUGACCUCUCACAUGGGUGGAAAGGUGGACGUGAAGCUAAACGAUGGGCGGUGCACCGUGGAGGAAAGCGAGAUGUUCUACUUCUUUCAGACAUCAAGAAAACCCUCCGACUGUGGAACCGAGAGACGGGUGAGUCACCGGAGAGCUGGUGAAGAGCUUCACGGAGGUGGAAAUGGUGGAAAGACGUGACAGUGGGAUAAUAACCCCUAACAUAAACUACAUAAACGAAGCAGCAUCUGUGUGCUAUUGUUGAUUUGUGAUCUCAGCAUGUUUGUUUCCUUCCAGGUGAAUAAAACCCACAUAGAGUACCAAAACACUUUAGCUGUGUCCCUGACCAAAGAGCAAAUCAUCGGCCGACGAGAUCUGAAAGUCGUCUGGAAGUGCGUCUACCCCCGACAUUACAUCCGCAACGCUCACGUGGGUGUGGACAUGGAGUGGUGAGACAGAAAAACUUUUAUCUUUUACCAAGUUAAGAAAACAAAGAGAGGAAGACUGAAACUACCUGAAAACUGGAUUUCUCUCUCUCUGUAGGCUCCUCUCUCUCUCCAUGGUGGAGUUUAAUUCGUCCGCACAGCUGGGCCUGAUCAUGAGCCUCUUCACUGAUCUGUCAUACACUCACAACUUCACGGACGCCAUCAGCCUGGAGCCCGAGGACACGCUGUUCUUCCAGGUGUCCCUGCAGACCGAAGACUCCUUUGCCUCAGAUGUGCUGCUGCAGGUGGACUCAUGCUGGGCCACUGAGAGCACGGACCCCCAGGACACCGUGCAGGGUCUUCUUAUUCAGGACGGGUAGGAGGAAAUACUUAAUGGUCGAAGCCUGAAGUAAAGACCCUUUUGAUGAUUCUUUUAAUACCCAAAUUUUUUCUUUGAAACUUAUCAAAAGUACCACAGUGCUCUGAGCGUCCAGGCUCUUGAUUCUUUUCUUUAAAGCACCGUUUGGAGACUUUUAGAGGGUCAUGAAUAAAAAUGGACCGAUGUUUUUAUAAAAAUUCUCUUUACCUACCAUGAGAAAUACUCCGAAUGUUGUAGUGCAUGCUCAGUUACUGUCUCUGUACCAGUGCUGUGUGCAAGUAGGUCAGAAACGUUGAAAAUGUUCUUCCCCAAACUUCUUUGUUGCAUUAGUGUCAUAAGAGGUACUCAUCAUCCUCUAAAGUUCCUGUAUGAAGACAAUCAUAGUAACCGUUAUUAAGAGCAGCAUGCAUGUAGUUCUGGAUCCCCACCAGACCUCAUCCUCUUUCUGUCUCUCUCUCUCUCUCAGCUGUCCUGUCGACCACACGCUGCACUGGCUCUCUGUAAACGGUGCGGCGCAGCAGAGCAGGUUUUCUGUUCAGAUGUUCUUCAUGCCUCAGCGUCUGCCCAUCUACAUUCACUGCCUUGCAAACAUAUGUGGGCACGAUGAGGACUGCACCAAGGUAAAACCAACUGAGGAAUCAGCUGCUCAUCUUUUAAACUGAAUACCUGCCAAAAUAUUUCUUCCAGUUGAUUAAUUUGGCUUUUAAAUUUCUGGAAAGAGCUUCAGGCAGCUUUAUUGAUAGUUUAAGAGCAAAUGCAAUUUGUUUUCUGUCAUAAAUGACAAUUUAAGGCAGAAAAUUACAGCAUCUCAGAGUUUUUUUGAAGACAUAAAAAUCCCACACUGAUCCUGAUCUUGUUGCAGAAUUGCACGGGGCAGCAGCGCAUCAAGAGGUCAGCGAGUCAGAUCAACGGAAGAGAAAGACCAGCUGCUGUCGUGUCUGCUGGACCUCUGCUCAUCAACAAGAGGCUGAGGUCGGGAGUCCCACCAUCGUACUGUGAGUUCAUGAGUCAAAUAGAGUUACUUUGAGGUUUUUUUCUUUCUCUAAAUCCAAACUUCAAUGUGAGGUGUAAAAACAGCUGGAUGAAAUUUUAUGUCCUUUUUUUGCAGGGGCGGAGCACAUGACUAUGAUCUUCAUCGUGGCCGGAUCGAUUGGGUUUUUGUUGGUUACGCUUCUCUCUGUGAGUGCAACCAAAGCGAUCAUGACUUACUACGAAAGACUACGACUGCAAUAAAGUGUUUGUUAAAACUUCUGCCAUUGUGAAAUGUUUGUUAUUCCAGUGAUUAACUGAGUUUACUGAAGCAACACAAACCCA